UUAUCUAUUCUCUGAUAUGAAUAAUGAAAUACUACAAGAUAGGAGCAUUGUGUAAUUUAUUUUUAUAAUAUCUACCGAAUCAUUGACUACAUAGCACAUCGGCCAAUGUAAUUUAUUAUAGGCAACGUAUAUUAUAUUAGUUUAAAUAAUAAAGUACGUUAAUCGUUGUUUAUCGUAGCUUGACUUGAAUAUUAGUAAUUGGCGUAAUACUUUGAAGUGAUCUUGAAUUAACGGUUUUUUUUAGGCCUUUAUAAACAAGAUGGAGCCAUCUAGUGAUAUAAGUAUAGAAAGCUAUGAUGAAAAUGUAAAAAAAUCGACGAAUAAAGUACGGAAACGAAAAAAGCAAUUGUAUAUUGAUUUAAGAAAACAAAUGGAAUUUUAUUUGAGUGAUGCCAAUUUACGUAAAGAUCGUUUAUUUGGACACCUAAUGCAAACUACUCAAUGCAUAAAUGUGGAUACAUUUCUUAAUUGUAAUAAAAUCAAAAAGUUGACUACUAGUCCUGAUGAUAUAGUUAAAGCAAUAGAGAGUUCAAAAUUGUUAACCGUUAGCGAAUGUAAAACUAAAAUCUAUAGAAUAAAACCGGUUGAAGAAAAACAGCCAGAAGAUAUUGAUCGCUGCACUAUCUAUGUAGAAAAUUUGCCUUCUAAAGCUGAUCAUGGUAUUGUCAAAUCAACAUUUGAGAAGUAUGGAACAGUUGCUUACGUGUCUUUGCCUACAUUUAAAAGUGGAAACAUAAAAAGAUUUGCAUUUGUAGAAUUUGAAAAUGAAGAAUCAGUUAAAACGAUUCUUGAAGAAUUCAAAAAAAUACAUGAGGACUCAAAAAUUUUACCGGAACAACUACAGAGUAUAAUCACGUUUAAUGAAGACGGCCAAGAAAAAAUAAAUGAUACUAGAAAUGACAUAAAUUCCCCAAAAAAAAGGAAACAUUCUGAUGAUCUUAGUGGUGUUAAAGAGAAAAAAAGAAAAUCUGAUUUACCAAAUAAAAGUAUUAAAAAAAAGAAAAAAAAAGAUAAAACUAAAAAAAGUUCUACGGAGAGUGAAAAUAAAAACGAGAAUACUUCAUUUGAAGUUAGUGAUAAUGAAAGUCCUCAAAAAACUAUUUUCAGUGAUAAUUCUACUGUUGAAAAAACAGACGAUGAAGUUAUACCAAGUGAAGACGAAAUAAAUCAAAGUAAUAAAGACGAUUCAAUUACAAAAAAAAAGAGAAAGCGCAAUAAGGGGAAAAAAAUCAAAUCCGAUUCGAGCUUAUCUCUGCCUGAAUUAAGACUAAUGUCUAAGCUAGAGUGGAAAAAAUUAAGAAAUCAAUAUCUAAAUAUGCAAAGACAGAAGAUGUCCAUGCUCAAAGCACAAUUGCGUCAUCCAAAAUAUUACAAAAAUGGUGCUAAUAACUUUGGGGAGGUAUCCGAGACAAAUCCCGAUCAAGUAAAGACAGAUUUGGAAGAGAAAGUGAAAGUGAAAAAAGACAUUCGUGUGAAAUAUGAAUCUGGAAUUAUAUUAAAAGUAACAUUUACCAACCCCAUUGAGUCUGAAAAAUCAUUCAAAAUUGAAGCGAAGUCGGAUCCUGCGGUUAAGUUUGUAGAUGUUGUAUCCAAUACAGAAGUAUUUGUGCGUUGCGACUCUCAAGAAUCUGCAAAAAAAAUUGUAGAAGAAAAUCGUUGGCCUGUAACUAAACUGCUAGAAGGUGAAGAUGAAAGCAAAUAUUGGGAAAAAAUUCUGCGCGACCGUGAAACUAAAUGCAGCAAACAAAAAGAAACAAAAAAGCCACGUGGACGAUCGAAACUAUUAAAUAAAGCAGAAAAACGAUUAGCACAACAUGUUAAAUUUAUUGAAGAAGACUAAUUUAUUUUAGGUUAAAUUAUAACAUUACUUCAAGUGUUUAAAAUUAUGUAUGCAUGUUACUUUUAACAUUUUAAAACAAAAGAUUUUAUUCACUAUA